AUGGCCGAAAGUCCAGACCAGCAAGAGCUCAAUAUCAAAGAUGAGUAUGAGCUUUGGCGGAAAAACUGUAAAUACAUGUAUGAGUUCAUCAACGAAACAGCUCUCACAUGGCCAUCCCUCACAGUCCAGUGGUUGCCAACUCUGGACACAGCAAAUGAAGCCAUCAACGCCAGAUUGCUUCUUGGAACACAUACUUCAGGGGAAGGACAGAAUCACUUGAAAGUUGCGUCAACGCAAUUGCCAGUGAAAGGUAGUGGGAAGAAAGUUUCCUCGAAAAUCAAAAUUACUCAGAAACUCGAGUGCUCAAGUGAGGUGAAUAGAGCACGCUACAAGCCUCAAAACCCAGAUAUCGUUGCCACUAUUAAUGGGAGCGGUGAGCUUGAUUUUUACAACUUGAAGACGAACGAGAAAUUCGGACAUGUGGCUCCCCACUCCCAGAACGGAUACGGUUUGUCGUGGAGUCUGUAUAAGGACAAUUACCUACUUUCUUCGUCUGACGAUCACACGGUUGUUUUGACAAACGCCGGGGAGCUCGACAAGAACAAUGGUCGUAUUCACAAAUUCACUGCUCAUAGCGAUAUCGUCAAUGAUGUGAAGUGGCACAGUUUCGAUGAGAACUUGUUUGGCUCUGUAUCUGAUGACAAGCAUUUGCUACUAUUCGAUAUUCGUUCUCCAGGGAACCCAGCGAUAACGUUCGUCAAUAACGAGUCCAAGGGUAUCAACUCCCUUUCUUUCUCUCCCUUCUCGAGAAACUUGAUUGCCCUUGGAAACACUAACUCUAACAUCAACCUAUUGGAUUUGAGGAAACUUUCCAAAUCGUCCACACCUCUCCACACAAUGAUGGGCCACGGAGAUGCCAUUACAUGUCUUGAGUUUUCUCCUCAUAAGGAUGGCAUUGUGGCGUCCGGGUCGCAAGAUAGAAGAGUGAUUCUUUGGGACUUGACCAAGAUCGGUGAGGAGCAGACGCAGGAAGAUGCAGAGGAUGGAUGCCCAGAGAUCUUCAUGAUGCAUGCUGGUCACACCGGUGGUGUCACCGAUCUCAGUUGGUGUCCUUUUGACGACUGGACGCUUGCCUCUGUCGCUGACGAUAAUAUAGUACAUCUCUGGGAGGUGAGCCAGUCCCUCGUCAAGGAGACGCCUGUCAACCCUCAAGAUAGCGAGCUUGAGUGA